UAUAUCGCCGAUUUAAUUUUUAAGUUGGAGAUUUUUUAAAAAAAACAUUACAAUAAUAAAUGGGCAUUUCUCGCCCUUUGCCAGUCACAUGUGGGGGGCAUACGAGGCCCGUUGUUAAAAUAAAUUUUAGCCAAAUUACACCUGAUGGUUAUUUUAUAAUUUCAGCUUCUAAAGAUAAAAAGCCCAUGCUUAGACAAGGAAAUACUGGAGAUUGGAUUGGUACAUUUAUGGGCCAUAAAGGUGCUAUUUGGGAUGCUGCAUUAGAUGAUCAAGCAAUUAGAGCUGCUACAGCUUCUGCUGAUUUUACAGCGAAACUUUUCAGUGCAAUAAAUGGCAAUGAAUUAUAUUCUUUUACUCAUGGCCAUGUGGUGAAAUGUGUUGAUUUCUCUAAAAGUUCAAAAACCAAAGCUAAUAUGCCUUCCAAACUAAUGACAGGAUCUAAUGAAAAAAUAGUCAGAGUAUACGAUCUAGAAAAUUAUGAUAAAGAGCCAGUUAUUUACAAAACGAAUUCCAAUUUGAAAGACUUAACAUUCUUGCAAAAUGAUAAUAACAUUUUAACUCUUUCAGAAGAUAACAUAUUAAGACUAUUUGCGACCAACACAUCAAAUGACAAAGAGAUUAAGACUUUUGAUCUAAAGGAAGAUGCGAAUGGGAUGGAAUUAUCUCAUGAUCAAACCAUAUUAACCAUUUCCCAUAAACAUACUAUCACUUUUUUUGAUAUAAUCAAUUUUCAAGUCAUCAAAAAAUUCGUAUCUCAGAUCCUUAUAUCUUCCGCCUCCCUAAAACCCGACAAAAGUUGUUGCGUCUAUGCUGGCCGGGACGAUUAUAAAAUUUACAAAAUCAAUUACAAAACAUUGGAACAAAUCGACACGGAAUUUAAGGCUCACUUUGGCGCGAUUAACUCUAUCAAAUGUGGUCCCGAUAAUGAGCUAUUCGGUACCGGCAGUGAAGAUGGCUACGUCAAGCUAUGGCAAUUCCAGCCUGGCAAAAACUAUGGAUUAUGGACUGCCAGGAUCAAAGAUGAUGAUAAAGUUGACGAUGUCUCAAAUUCAGUUGAAUAGGAUGAUUGUGCUCAAAUUACUUAAAAAUUAAUUAUUUUUUUUUAUUGUUCCAAUUUUUCUUAUUAAAACUAUUAUACUACUUAUAAACUUUUAUUUAUAUGCCAAAAAUCAAAAUAGUAUACUAGCAAUAAAAC